CCGGGUCCAGGCGCCUGCGCAGUCUGGGCCGUCCCAGCAUCCUCCAGCGCAAGAUGGCGUCGCGGGGAUCUGUACCCGAGGCUUUCUGAGGGAACGUCGAGUGACCGCAUCCGCGGCUGGGUUCCAGCCCCCCGUUGCUCCACGAGAAAUCAGACUGAGCCCGGGAGGGUGCGAUGGCCGCUGUGGUGGCCAAGCGGGAAGGGCCGCCGUUCAUCAGCGAGGCCGCUGUGCGGGGCAACGCCGCCGUCCUGGAUUACUGCCGGACCUCGGUGUCGGCUUUGUCGGGGGCCACGGCCGGCAUCCUCGGCCUCACUGGCCUCUACGGCUUCAUCUUCUACCUGCUCGCCUCCAUCUUGCUCUCCCUGCUUUUAAUUCUGAAGGCGGGAAGGAGGUGGAACAAAUAUUUUAAGUCGCGAAGACCUCUCUUUACAGGGGGUCUCAUCGGAGGCCUCUUCACCUACGUCCUGUUCUGGACGUUCCUCUACGGCAUGGUGCACGUCUACUGAAACGGGGGCAGGGAUGACUUUUUUUAAAAAACCAGAUCGGGAGGACUGUUGCCAGAAAUUAACACCGGGUAGAUUUGCCUAGUUUUUAAAUUGUUGGAAUCGCUGCUUGUUCUGUAAAGUUAUAAAUAAUUUAUAUCUGAAGACGAAGAGCCUGUACAGUUCUUCAGAUUAAAUGAAGCGUGAGACCCUU